AUGAAUCAAAGUAAUUGUUUGUCGUCAUCGGAUAUCGAUCAAUUUGCUCAGCGUUUUGACAAGCCAGAUGUUGUUCAAGCAAUAAUACUUGCAGGUAGCUAUGCUCACGGCGAAGCAGAUCCGCAUAGUGAUAUUGAUCUUGUACGAUCUGUAUCUUCUGGAUCAAACUUAUUAAAUGAUGGAACAUAUUUACAUGAGAAAAAAAUGCUUACUAACCUAUUGACAGUGAAAUCAGAAGAGUACACAAAAUGGUUCACUGAUCCUUGUGAAGCUACAAAAUGGAUAGCAGGAAUACGAAUAGCACGCGCAAUUAUAGAUCGGGAAAAUUUCUUUUUCAACGGAUUACAAACCAGUCCUAGUUCAUUGAUGCCCGGCUCCCGGCGUGGUUUAGUUGCGCCACAAAAUACUUUUCUCGAAUGUAUCAUUCGCAAAUGUAGUGGUGCCCAUAAUGCGUUCGUUUUAUCCAAUGCUGAAAUAGUCGACUAUCCGAUUGUUUAUUCAAAUGAUGGUUUUACGAAACUAUCGGGCUAUUUACGAACAGAUCUGUUAAGUAAAAGUUCAACGUGCAAUUUUAUGCAUGGCGAAUUAACUAAUGCUGAAACCCAAACUAAAAUACACGAUGCGUUGGAGAAUUGUCACAUUGAACAGGUUGAAGUACUAUUAUAUAAAAAAAAUAAAACACCCAUAUGGGUAUUUAUGCAAAUAGCUCCGAUUACAAAUGAACGUGAUGUGGUAGUAUUAUAUCUGUGCACAUUUACGGAUAUUACAGCACUUAAGCAACCAAUUGAAACCGAAGAUGCAAAAACUUCUCUCAGUAAAUUUGCACGUAUUGCAAAAUCGGUUACACGAAAUCGAUCGAUUUUGAUGAACUUUGCUGCACCAACUACAAAAUCGAUAACUAUUGAUCCAACAAAACCUUCACAUUUACCAAAUGUAUGUUAG